UAUGCGUGAUUGGAGAGCUUUAUAUUGGCUGCCCUGUGCUAUGAACUCUAAACAGAUUGGAACAGCACCCCUGAUGUUUAGCUUGUCCAUUCCUUUGAUAAGCUCGCGAUUUCAGCCGCCAGUCGGGACCGAGCCACCGAGCGCAGUGCUCGUAGUUCCCUCGCCGCGUCUCUCAACUUAUCGUGCCGUAUCCGGUCGUUCUCCUAACUUUUAAAAUCUCGAACUCUGCUCUGGGUGCGCUCCACAGAGGAAUCCAGUGGCAUGGGUCAUGGUGUCAAGAUGACAGCGUGGCUGUUUCUCCUGGCGGCCGCGUGCGCCGCCGAGCCGCUGCACAGCACGCCGCGCACGCGGCACUGGCGCGGCGCCCGCCCCUUCGACAACGCGCCCCAGCAUUUUGUGGGGCCUCACGUUUGCCGCAGUCGCAACAGCACGCAUUGCUGUCCUGGGUGGACGUCGAGACCAAACUCCUUAUUAUGUGUAGUCCCGCUAUGUCGACCGGACUGCGGGUCGCCAGGGGCCUGCAUAGCACCCAACAUGUGCCGCUGCCCCACCGGCGUGGAGGCGCCAUCUUGCCUACAGGGCGGCGCUUACCCUUAUCCCGUGCGGACGCGGGGCGGGUGCCGACGGAUAUGCAUGAACGGCGGCACGUGCACCAACGGGACGUGCGCGUGCGCGCCCGGCUGGAGCGGAGAGUUCUGCACUGAACCAAUCUGUCGAGAGCCCUGCCUGCACGGCGGGCGGUGCAUAGCGCCGGACAGAUGCGUCUGCUUCCACGGCCUGUCCGGGACCAGGUGCGAAAUAGACAGGAGGACAGGCCCCUGCUACACAGAAACGCGGAACGCCCUAUGCACGGGGGCGUUAGAAGGAGUAGUGUGUACCAAACAGCUCUGCUGUGCCACUGUCGGCGUGGCGUGGGGACACCCUUGCGAGCGCUGCGGGGACCUGGACUGUCCCACGGGACAUCUGAGGAACCUGGCCACUAAGGAGUGUCAGGAUAUAGACGAAUGUGCAGCCGUGCCGGGGCUCUGCGAAGGCGGUCGCUGCGUCAACUCAAUAGGAUCCUUUUCUUGCGAGUGCCCCCCGGGGCAACGGAGACACAAACUCACCAACAACUGCGAGGACAUCGACGAGUGCGAGGACCCCGACAUCUGCCCGAACGGAAAAUGUGUAAAUACAGAAGGCGACUACUACUGUUUAUGUAACCCGCACUUCAUACCUAGUCCAGAUAAAAAGUUUUGUAUAGAUGGUCGCGUUGGCAGUUGUUUCGCGUACAUGAGUGACACGGGCGAAUGCUCCGACCGGCUAGCGGUGUCUCUUUCUAACAGAGACUGUUGCUGCGGCUACAACAUGGGCAGGGCGUGGGGGGACCUGUGCCAGCCGUGUCCAUUGAGAGGGUCUAUUGAUUGGACGCAUCUUUGCGGCGGUGGUGCUCUGCCACCUGGUUGGGGCCGUAACGGAACGGAAAGCGGCAGUGGUACUGACGACGAUGAGCCGCACUUCAUCGCCAAGAUCAACGAGUGCAUGCUGCGGAGCGGCAUCUGCGGGCUCGGUCGGUGCCAGGAUAAGGACAAGGGAUACCAAUGUAUUUGCGACGACGGAGCCGAACUGUCAGAGAGGGACGGAAACCCGAUCUGUAUCGAUAUCGACGAGUGCGCGCUCGACUACUGCCGCGGGGGGAACUGUAUCAACAAACCUGGUGGAUUCGAGUGCCGAUGUCCACCUGGUUUUGAUCCAGUUGAGGGCGGAUUGAGAUGCAGCGAUAAAAACGAAUGCGACAUGACGCACGGGCGUAUGUGCACCAACGGAGAAUGUGUCUUAGUCGAUGGGAGUUACGAGUGCACUUGCAACUCCGGCUACGAGCCCACGGAGACCGGGCACGCGUGUCGCGACGUGGACGAGUGUCGCGACAACCCGCGCGUGUGUCGCCGCGGCCGCUGUCGCAACACGCCGGGCAGCUACGAGUGCCAGUGCGAGCCCGGCUUCGAGCUCACCGCGGCCGGCUACUGCGGGGAUGUGGACGAGUGUGCUCAAGGCGCGCUGUGCCAGGGCGGACGCUGCGUGAACAACGAAGGCUCGUUCCAAUGCGUAUGCGAGGCCGGAUACCGGACCACACCGGACCGGGGCGCGUGCGUCGACGUGGACGAGUGUGCCGAGCAGCGUGUGUGUAGGAACGGGCGGUGUCACAACACGCCGGGGUCGUUCCGGUGCGAGUGUACGCCAGGCUUUACGCUUAGUAACGAUGGCCGGACUUGUCUUGAUGAAGUGAAAGACCUGUGUUACGAGAAGUUCGAAGAAGGACAUUGCAGCGGGCCUGGGUCCUCAACGGUCACGAGAUCUCAGUGUUGCUGUAGCGCUUCGAAAGGUUUACACGGUUGGGGCGGUUUGUCCUGCAAAGCGUGCCCUCAGAAGGGAACCCGAGAAUUCGAGAUCCUGUGCCCUGAAGGCGCGAGCAAGGAUAACGGCGGCUCAGAUAUAAACGAGUGCACCAUGAUCCCCGGCAUCUGCGCGCAUGGGGCAUGCGAGAACCUGGCCCCAGGGUACAGGUGCAUAUGCGACCCCGGCUUCCAUUCCGACGGCGACGGUUGCAAGGACAUCGACGAGUGCGACAUGCACCAGUCCUUGUGCAACGGCGGGCAGUGCCGCAACACGCCCGGCAGCUUCACGUGCGUAUGCCCGUCCGGCACGCGGUACGAGCCGGACGAGCAGCUCUGCCGCGACAUAGACGAGUGCGAGGGUGAGAUCAAUUUCAUCGAGAGCGAUUAUGACCGCGGGGACAUACCCCCCAUGUUCCCAGUCACAGAGCAAGUGAAUCCGUGCGAAAACGGACGUUGCAUCAACACGCACGGCGGUUACGAGUGCAAGUGCGAACCCGGUUUUGUGCUCGAUGCGAGCGCUAGACAUUGUCUUGAUAACCGCCGAGGGUCGUGCUGGCGGCGUGUGGUGGACGGGCAGUGCGAGGCGGCGGCGCCGGGAGCGCUGCUGCGGCAGGAGUGCUGCUGCAGCGUCGGCCUGGCGUGGGGCUCCCCCUGCGAGCCUUGCGACACCAGCGACUGCCCCUGCCCGAAGGGCUACGUCAAGUUGGAUGGGACGACAUGUCGAGACGUGGACGAGUGCGAGCUAGAUCGAGACCUGUGCGGCGGCGGACGCUGCGUCAACACGGACGGUUCAUACCGCUGCGAUUGCCCUGACGGUCUUACUCUUGAUCCCACCGGCAACCGCUGCGUAGAUACGCGUCGGGAGUCGUGCUACACGGAGUACUCUGUGGGCCACUGCAGCGGCGCGCUGAGCGGCGAAGUACACAAGUCUACCUGCUGCUGUUCUGUCGUCGGACGAGCUUGGGGCAGCGCGCGGUGCGAACCCUGCCCUAAACGAGGAACGGACGCAUUCCGCAACCUUUGCAUAUCGGAAGCCAACCUUCCCCCUAACGUCUGGAACCGACCCAGCGGCGGUCCGUUUGGUGGAGCUUUCAAUAACAGUGACAACUUGAACGUCAACUUCAAUGGCCACGACGACGGAUGGGGCGGGCCAGGUGAGAAUUGUUAUGUGCUAGUUACAUAUUACCUGCUAAAUGAAGGAUUGGCGCUCCCAUAUUUGUUCGGAAACCGACUUCUCUUAUCUCGGCCUCCGGGUUACCCAAAUGGCCCUGGGGGUCCAAAUGGCCCUGGGGGUCCAAAUGGGCCCUUGGGCCCUGGUAUCCACGGUAGUCCCAACGUGAUACCAGGCCAAAUGGAUGUGAACGAGUGUUCUGCGUUCCCGGGGAUGUGCGGGCAGGGCCGGUGCAGGAACACGCCUGGCUCCUUUGAGUGCGACUGCUUCCCUGGAUACGAAAAGGAUGGCAAAAACCAUACGUGCGUGGACGUUGAUGAGUGCCGCAUUGUAGACGACGUGUGUGGUGCCGGUGAAUGCUUCAACACUGAGGGUGGUUUCCAUUGUCGCUGCCGGCCUGGACACAAGGCUGACGGACUCAGCAAGGUCUGCGUUGAUAUAAACGAGUGCGUGGAGAUGCCUGACUUAUGCCGAAACGGACGCUGCGUAAAUACCCCGGGAUCGUACCGCUGCGAGUGCGGGCUUGGCAUGGAGCUCGCGCCCGACCGGCUCUCGUGCAAGGACGUCGACGAGUGCUCAGUCACAUCCGGUAUUUGCAGUAACGGCGCUUGUGAAAACCAAAUGGGAACCUACCAAUGCGUGUGCGACGAGGGCUAUGCGCAGUCCACGGUGAAAAGCCACUGCGAGGAUAUUGAUGAAUGCGCCGAGGAUCCUACGAGAUGCCAGCAUGAGUGUGUCAACACACCCGGGUCUUACCACUGCAUGUGCCGUGACGGGUGGCACCUCCGCGCUGACGGUCGCACGUGCCGCGACAUCGACGAGUGCUCCGGCGCGCGCGUGUGCGGCGGCGGCGAGUGCCGCAACACGCCGGGCGGCUACGUGUGCUCGUGCGGCGAAGGCUUGCUGCCCGCGCCGGACAGAGCUAAGCCGACGUGCUUGGACGUGGACGAGUGCGCUGACAAUCCUGACCUAUGCGGAGCGGGUGAAUGCCGCAACACCAUAGGCAGCUUUGUAUGUCGCUGCCCGGACGGCUACAGUGUGAAACCGGAGCAAGGGCCAGCUUGCACGGACGACGAUGAGUGUGAACUCGGUACUUGCGACUGCCACCCUAGCGCCGACUGCGUUAACUUGCCCGGUUCAUUCCAAUGCCGCUGCAGAGAGGGUUGGCGCGGCGACGGCAGCGAAUGCGAAGACGUGGACGAGUGCCUGACGAACAAUGGCGGCUGCCAUCCGCACGCGACCUGCCGCAACACGGACGGCUCCUUCAUGUGUCUGUGCGACACUGGAUAUAAGGGAGACGGUUACAUGUGUACGGACAUCGAUGAAUGCGAGAACGACCCCACAUUGUGCGAGAAUGGACACUGCUCAAACACCCCCGGCGGUUACGAGUGCGACUGCGACGUCGGGUUCACCAAGUCACCUGACGCCACUUCAUGUCUCGACAUGGACGAGUGCGCCACAUUUGACAACGUGUGCGUGUUCGGUCGCUGUGUGAACACAUACGGCAUGUUUAAGUGUAUCUGCGACAAGGGAUACCAGUCCGACAGUGUGGAUGACUUGAUGCCCGGAUUCAAUUGCACGGACGUGGACGAGUGCAAAUCGCCGCAGUCGUGCCAGUACGGUACUUGCAUCAACACAGAUGGAUCCUACAUCUGCCGAUGCCCGCCUAACUACGAGUUGGUUUCGGACGGAACCGCUUGUUUCGACUCUCGUAAAGCGCGCUGCUACGGCAGAGUGGAUCUUCGCUCGGGUACCGAACAUUGCCUCAAUGGCGACGAGCUCUCUGAAGAUGGAACCAUGGCUGCCUGCUGCUGCUCAGUGGGUGCUGCAUGGGGCAAAUAUUGCGAUCUUUGCCCGGAACCAGGCUCCGAGGCUUAUCGGCAACUCUGCCCCGGUGGUCCUGGAUAUCAACCUGUGCUGGAACCGCCAUCAUACGUCGUAACACUAUCCGACAUCGACGAGUGCGCACAACACCCCGCUCUAUGCGAACACGGUACAUGUACGAACACGUUCGGCUCCUUCGUAUGUGCGUGCGGGGAGGGCUGGGCGUUAGCACACGAUCAGAGGAAAUGCGAAGACAUUGACGAAUGCUUGGAGCCGGAGAUUUGCGGGCCUGGAGUGUGCAGGAAUCUGCCGGGGUCUUAUGUGUGUCUCUGUCCAGAGGGAUACGUCGCCAUGCCUAAUGGAAAGGAAUGCGUCGACGUCCGCCAACGGCAAUGCUACAUGGACUGGGACCCGGACACGGAGCGUUGUUCCUCCGCCGUCGGCGUGCCCCAAACCAAGUACCUGUGCUGUUGUUCCGUGGGCCGCGCUUGGGGCGAGCCUUGCGAGGCCUGCCCGGACAAGAACUCGCGGGAAUAUUCCGUGUUCUGCGGCGCCGAGCCAGGCAACUACAGGGACCCGACUAACAAUGAGACCAAGCCUAUUGAUGAGUGUUCGAUCAUGCCGCAACUCUGCAAGCCCGGACGAUGUGUGGACACUCCUGGUGGAUUUACGUGCUUAUGCGACCAUGGUUACGAAUACGACGCGACCUCCCAUCAGUGUCGCGACGUUGACGAAUGCGGUACCAUCUCGACUCCGUGCCGCGGGCUCGCGCAGUGCGUCAACCUGCCCGGCGCCUACGAGUGCCGCUGCCCGCCCGGGUACCGCCUGUCGACCACCCUCGAUACCUGCGAAGAUAUCGAUGAGUGCGCCGACCCGAGGCUGUGUGAGCACGGGGACUGUCGGAACACGAUCGGUUCCUACAGGUUAUGCCGCUGCCCGCCCGGGUACCGCCUGUCGACCACCCUCGAUACCUGCGAAGAUAUCGAUGAGUGCGCCGACCCGAGGCUGUGUGAGCACGGGGACUCGCAGUGUGUCAACCUGCCCGGCGCCUACGAGUGCCGCUGCCCGCCCGGGUACCGCCUGUCGACCACCCUCGAUACCUGCGAAGAUAUCGAUGAGUGCGCCGACCCGAGGCUGUGUGAGCACGGGGACUGUCGGAACACGAUCGGCUCCUACAGGUCCCAUAAACUACUACUCGCGCAGUGCGUCAACCUGCCCGGCGCCUACGAGUGCCGCUGCCCGCCCGGGUACCGCCUGUCGACCACCCUCGAUACCUGCGAAGAUAUCGAUGAGUGCGCCGACCCGAGGCUGUGUGAGCACGGGGACUGUCGGAACACGAUUGGCUCCUACAGGUCCCAUAAACUACUACUAGCGCAGUGCGUCAACAUGCCCGGCGCCUACGAGUGCCGCUGCCCGCCCGGGUACCGCCUGUCGACCACCCUCGAUACCUGCGAAGAUAUCGAUGAGUGCGCCGACCCGAGGCUGUGUGAGCACGGGGACUGUCGGAACACGAUUGGCUCCUACAGGUCCCAUAAACUACUACUAGCGCAGUGUGUCAACCUGCCCGGCGCCUACGAGUGCCGCUGCCCGCCCGGGUACCGCCUGUCGACCACCCUCGAUACCUGCGAAGAUAUCGAUGAGUGCGCCGACCCGAGGCUGUGUGAGCACGGGGACUGUCGGAACACGAUGGGCUCCUACAGGUCCCAUAAACUACUACUAGCGCAGUGCGUCAACAUGCCCGGCGCCUACGAGUGCCGCUGCCCGCCCGGGUACCGCCUGUCGACCACCCUCGAUACCUGCGAAGAUAUCGAUGAGUGCGCCGACCCGAGGCUGUGUGAGCACGGGGACUGUCGGAACACAAUUGGCUCCUACAGGUCCCAUAAACUACUACUAGCGCAGUGUGUCAACCUGCCCGGCGCCUACGAGUGCCGCUGCCCGCCCGGGUACCGCCUGUCGACCACCCUCGAUACCUGCGAAGAUAUCGAUGAGUGCGCCGACCCGAGGCUGUGUGAGCACGGGGACUGUCGGAACACGAUUGGCUCCUACAGGUCCCAUAAACUACUACUAGCGCAGUGUGUCAACCUGCCCGGCGCCUACGAGUGCCGCUGCCCGCCCGGGUACCGCCUGUCGACCACCCUCGAUACCUGCGAAGAUAUCGAUGAGUGCGCCGACCCGAGGCUGUGUGAGCACGGGGACUGUCGGAACACGAUGGGCUCCUACAGGUCCCAUAAACUACUACUAGCGCAGUGCGUCAACAUGCCCGGCGCCUACGAGUGCCGCUGCCCGCCCGGGUACCGCCUGUCGACCACCCUCGAUACCUGCGAAGAUAUCGAUGAGUGCGCCGACCCGAGGCUGUGUGAGCACGGGGACUGUCGGAACACAAUUGGCUCCUACAGGUCCCAUAAACUACUACUAGCGCAGUGUGUCAACCUGCCCGGCGCCUACGAGUGCCGCUGCCCGCCCGGGUACCGCCUGUCGACCACCCUCGAUACCUGCGAAGAUAUCGAUGAGUGCGCCGACCCGAGGCUGUGUGAGCACGGGGACUGUCGGAACACGAUUGGCUCCUACAGAUGCGAGUGCCGGCCCGGCUUCACGCUGCGCGACGGCUCGUGCCGCGACGUGGACGAGUGCGUGCGGCCGCGCCCCAUGUGCCGCAACGGCACUUGCGAGAACCUGCCCGGCUCCUACACGUGCCACUGCGACGAGGGCUUCAAGCCUGGCGCCAACAACGACUGCAUCGAUGUAAACGAAUGCCGCGAAGGAGGCAUGGUGUGCCGCAACGGCCGCUGCCGCAACACUCUAGGCUCGUUCCGUUGCGAGUGCUCCCCCGGCUACGCUCUCACGGGCGACGGGCGGAACUGUCGCGAUGUAGACGAGUGCGCUGAGACGCCGGAGCCUUGUGGGCGAGAGGGCGAGCCGUCUUGUACUAACACUAUGGGCAGCUAUGAGUGUUCGUGUGGCAAAGGCUGGCGUUUAGUGAACAAACGCUGCGUGGACCGAGACGAGUGCCGCGAGAUACAGGACGUGUGUGCCGGCGGAGACUGUCACAACUUCAAUGGCGGAUACCGAUGCGAAUGUCCCGAAGGCUGGAGUUUCUAUGAAGACUUGGCAAUCUGCGUGGACGAGCGCAAAGAGCUGUGCUUCGACAACUGGUCCGCAGGCCGCUGUCACGACGCGCGCCCGCUGCAGCUGUCCCGCCCCGAGUGCUGCUGCUCCGACGGUGCGGCGUGGGGUCGAAGAUGCGAGCGCUGCCCUCCGCCCGAAACACCAGAAUUCCUACGUAUCUGUCUGGGAGGCAUGGGUCGCCCUAAUAUCACUCAGGACCUGAACGAGUGCGAGGUCCGUCCAGACAUCUGUCGCGGCGGCCGUUGUAUCAACACGGACGGCUCGUUCCGCUGCGAGUGCCCUGACGGAUACCAGCUGGAUGCCACCGGCCUGGCUUGCGAGGACGCAGAUGAAUGCCUCGUCGACCCGCGCAUCUGCGGCAACGGAACUUGCACCAACAAACCUGGCGAGUACGAGUGUACAUGCAACCAGGGCUUCACGCAGGGACCUGAGCAGACGUGCGUGGACAUCGACGAGUGCGCCGAGGGCAUGGCGGGCUGCUCUUUCCGCUGCCACAACACGCCCGGAUCAUGGCGAUGCGUGUGCCCGUACGGUUACACGAUGGCCGCCGACGGAACACAUUGUAAAGACUUGGACGAGUGCGCUGCGGACCCAUCGCCGUGUCCGCACGCUUGCGAGAACUCUGUGGGGUCGUACAAGUGCACGUGCCCUGAAGGCUACCGUCGAACGUCCGCCCCGCACAACGCCGAGGACGCCUGCGAGGACAUCGACGAGUGCGAGGACGACUCGCGCUGCUCGCCCGGCGUGUGCGUCAACACCGACGGCGGGUACACGUGCGACUGCGACGCGGGCUUCGAGCUCAGCAGCGACGGCACCGCGUGCAUCGAUCGGCGCACAGGCCAAUGUUACCGCUCGCUGGUCGGCGGGCGCUGCGUGCCGGAGCCGUGGCCGCGCGCCGCCGCGCCGCCCGCGCCCAGCCAGAUCACCAAAGCGAUAUGCUGCUGCACGCUCGGCGUAGCUUGGGGUUCCGAGUGCGAGCUCUGCCCCCAACCAGGCACCAAAGAACGUCUCGACCUAUGCACGCCUGACAAUCUCACCCCACCUGGGCAAGGUAGCCACGGGGGCGGCGGUAGUAACGGGGGCGGCGGCGGGGGCGGCGGGGGCACGGGAGGGGGGGAGGCCAUGGUGGUACCAGAUAUAUACGGAGAUGUGGACGAAUGUGCGGCCAUGCCUGGGCUGUGCACGCCUGGCAGAUGCGUCAAUACUAUUGGCAGUUUCCGCUGUGUAUGCCCCCGUGGUUAUAAGUCGGCGGAUGGAAUCUGCGUGGACAUGGACGAGUGCGCCGCACGCCCGCCGCCGUGCGAGCAACUGUGCCGCAACACCGAGGGUUCUUACGAGUGCUUGUGUCGCACGGGAUACGAGGUUGAUGAGGACGGAGCGAACUGCCGCGACGUGGACGAAUGUGCCGCCGGUACACACACCUGCCAACAGACCUGCACCAACACCGAGGGAUCCUUCGAGUGCUCCUGCCAGGAGGGCUAUGAGAAACGCGGCGAUGCUUGUAUCGAUGUGAACGAGUGUCUCGAGGAAGGCGUGUGUCCGUCGCCGGGCAAGUGCGUGAACCUGCUAGGCUCGUACCGUUGCGUCUGUCCCCGCGGGUUCCGUCUGGACUUGGAAGGCUCGCGCUGCCUGGACAGGGACGAGUGCGCGGACGGCCGCUGCCAAUCGCCAUGCCGUAAUUAUGCUGGCUCCUACCGCUGCGACUGCCCUGCUGGUAAGUGCACCUUCCGUCCACCACCAUCCAGCACUUAUUCAUCCAUCCAACCAUCGAUCCACCACCAAUACCGUUCUUACCGUUGCGUCUGUCCCCGCGGGUUCCGCCUGGACUUGGAAGGCUCGCGCUGCCUGGACAGGGACGAGUGCGCGGACGGCCGCUGCCAAUCGCCAUGCCGUAAUUAUGCUGGCUCCUACCGCUGCGACUGCCCUGCUGGUAAGUGCACCUUCCGUCCACCACCAUCCAGCACUUAUUCAUCCAUCCAACCAUCGAUCCACCACCAAUACCGUUCUUACCGUUGCGUCUGUCCCCGCGGGUUCCGCCUGGACUUGGAAGGCUCGCGCUGCCUGGACAGGGACGAGUGCGCGGACGGCCGCUGCCAAUCGCCAUGCCGUAAUUAUGCUGGCUCCUACCGCUGCGACUGCCCUGCUGGUAAGUGCACCUUCCGUCCACCACCAUCCAGCACUUAUUCAUCCAUCCAACCAUCGAUCCACCACCAAUACCGUUCUUACCGUUGCGUCUGUCCCCGCGGGUUCCGCCUGGACUUGGAAGGCUCGCGCUGCCUGGACAGGGACGAGUGCGCGGACGGCCGCUGCCAAUCGCCAUGCCGUAAUUAUGCUGGCUCCUACCGCUGCGACUGCCCUGCUGGUAAGUGCACCUUCCGUCCACCACUAUCCAGCACUUAUUCAUCCAUCCAACCAUCGAUCCACCACCAAUACCGUUCUUACCGUUGCGUCUGUCCCCGCGGGUUCCAUCUGGACUUGGAAGGCUAG